GAUGUGCCCAACUUCAACAGCAUAUCCUCACUCAACACCCACAGAGACAGAGAGAGAGAGAGGAGACACCUCUUUUUAUCCCACAUUCUGAUAAUUGGUUCCAGUUGGGUUUGCAGUGAAACCAACUGGGUUCCAUCCAUUUUCUGUUAACGAUAAGUUUUCUUUCAGGAAAGUUUUGAUCUUUGAUUCUUCUUUCAGUUCUACAGAGCUUCUGCGUGAGUGAGAAAGAAGGGUCAUAGCAUUUGAAGAGUUAAACACAUCAUUUGGUUUCAUGAAGAAUCAACUGGGUGGCAAACUAUUUUGACCCUCUAGUUCAAUCUUCCUAGCUGAUGAUGCCACCUAAAUGUUGAUUUUGUUGAAAUUUGGGAGCUGGACUUGGUGAAGAAUCAACUAGAUUUCAAACAAUUGUAGUUUAUGGUUGAAACUCCAUAUUGGGUCUCCCUCAGGCUUAAAUUUGAUGACCUUUUCUGCUCUUUCUGGUGUUUCUUUUAACCUUUCAAGGCUCUUUUUGAGGUUAUGUAGGUGGAUUCUAGUUAAGAUGUCUUUGAAUUGCAAGUGCUCUGCCUCUAAGCAGAAAAUGGGAACCAAUUUCAAGCUGAAGAAGGCAAAGGAAUCUUUGCAUGGAUCUAACAGAGCCUGGAAGUGGAGUAGACAUCUUCUGUUUCUAUGGCUUUUUGGUGUUUUCAUUUGGUUUAUUGGGUUCUUCUAUGGUUUGAAUGAUGGGGCUUCGAGGACAAAGGAGGAGACUCUAGACUUGUGUCAACAACACAAAGCUAGGAUUUUGCUAGAACAUUUCAAUGUCAGCAACCAACUUCAUCAAUCAGAUCAGAUAACAUCCUUGAAAUGUACCAAAAAACUGGGGUAUGAAAUGUUGCCAAGAAAUGUAAAGGUUCAGCACUCAGAGAAUCAGGAAUUUGGAAACCAGCAUGACUUGGUUGCAGAAAAUGUAGAACUCCAGGAUCAAUGCCCUGUUCGAGAUGAGACUGUUGCUAGGAAAUUUCGCGUAUCUUUGCCUGAGGACAAGUCUCUAUCGGUUGCUUUGCAUCCUAUCUCUUCAUCAAUUAUUUCCAAUAAUAAUAACUGUGAAAAGAAUGUAUUGGAGACCAGGGCAUUUCGGCAUAGUGCAGAAGAGCAUUGUGAAAGUUUUUCUUUCUGUUUGGUUAAGGCAUGUUGGUGGGUUCUUCUUGGGGUAGUACUUGGCCGCAUAAUGCCUUAUUUAUAUGAAAAUUUGCUUGGAAAUCAAAAGCAGAAACUUUUUCAGCAGCAGGAACAGCAACAGCAGCAGCAAACUCGGAGUUCUUCAAGAAGUGCAGGGAAUUGGAGGAAGAGACUCCUCUAUCUGUUUGUUGCCGCUGGGGUGAUUGGAUCUGGUUGGUUAUUUUUUCACUUAAAUAACGAAAUAGCGUUUAGAAGGAAAGAGACACUUGCCAGCAUGUGUGAUGAAAGAGCCCGAAUGCUGCAAGAUCAGUUUAAUGUGAGCAUGAAUCACGUGCAUGCCUUGGCUAUCCUUGUCUCCACAUUUCACCAUGGAAAACAACCUUCCGCUAUUGAUCAGAAAACAUUUGGAGAAUAUACUGAAAGAACGUCUUUUGAGAGGCCACUUACAAGUGGAGUUGCCUAUGCCUUGAGAGUUCUUCACUCAGAAAGGAAACAAUUUGAGAAACAACAUGGAUGGACUAUAAAGAAAAUGGAAAAUGAGGAUCAAACUCUGGUCCAAGACUGUAAUCCUGAAAAUUUGGAUCCUUCACCCCUUCAAGAUGAAUACGCACCGGUUAUUUUUUCUCAAGAAACUGUCUCCCAUAUUGUAUCUAUUGAUAUGAUGUCUGGAAAGGAUGAUCGUGAGAACAUAUUACGAGCUAGGGCAUCUGGAAAGGGAGUUCUGACAUCUCCUUUCAAGUUACUAAAAUCCAAUCACCUUGGCGUUGUACUGACUUUUGCUGUAUAUAGCACUCACCUCCCUCCAAAUGCUACACCAGAGCAACGUAUUAAUGCUACUGUGGGGUAUCUAGGUGCAUCUUAUGAUGUCCCGUCACUGGUGGAGAAACUUCUACACCAGCUUGCUAGUAAACAGACAAUUGUUGUUAAUGUUUAUGACACAACCAACAAAAGUGCACCGAUCAAAAUGUAUGGUGGUGAUGUCAUUGAUACGGGUCUACUGCAAAUUAGCAAUCUUGAUUUUGGUGAUCCAGCUCGGAAACAUGAGAUGCAAUGCAGGUUCAAGCAGAAACCACCUCCACCUUGGACUGCAAUAGCAGCAUCGAUGGGGGUUCUUGUUAUCACUUUUCUUCUGGGUCAUAUAUUUGAUGCAGCGAUAAACCGAAUUGCAAAAGUGGAGCAGGAUUUUCAGGAAAUGAUGGAGCUCAAACACCGUGCUGAAGCUGCUGAUAUUGCAAAAUCUCAGUUUCUCGCAACGGUUUCCCAUGAAAUCAGGACUCCAAUGAAUGGCGUAUUAGGUAUGCUGCAAAGGUUAAUGCACACAGAUCUUGAUGCAAAUCAACGGGAUUGUGCUGAGACUGCUCAUGGUUGUGGGAGAGAUCUAAUAUCGUUGAUUAAUGAGGUUCUUGAUCAAGCUAAGAUAGAGUCAGGCAGGCUUGACCUUGAGGAUAUACCUUUUGAUUUGCGUGAUGUUCUUGAUAAAAUUUUGUCACUUUUUUUCAUCAAAUCUCAUGAAAAAGGGAUUGAGUUGGCUGUUUACGUCUCCAAUCAGAUUCCUGCAGUUGUUGUUGGAGAUCCUGGACGAUUCCGGCAGAUAAUUACUAAUCUUGUUGGAAAUUCAAUCAAGUUCACUCAUGACAAAGGGCAUAUACUUGUCUCAGUGCAUCUGGCAGACGAAGUGAGACUCCCUCUUGAUGUUAGGGACGAAGUGCUCAGACAGAGCUUAACCUUAGUCGAAGACUGUUCGAGGAACUCUUAUAAUACAUUGAGUGGUGUUCCCGUGGUUGACAGAUGGAAGAGUUGGAAGAAUUUUAAAAAAUUUAGUUGCACAAAUUUGGAGGAGGAAACUGAAAAGAUCAAAUUAUUAGUAACAGUUGAAGAUACUGGUGUGGGAAUUCCUCAAGAAGCACAAUGCCGUAUUUUCAUGCCUUUUAUGCAGGCCGAUAGUUCCACUUCACGAACUUAUGGUGGGACUGGAAUAGGGUUGAGCAUUAGCAAGCGUUUGGUUGACCUUAUGGGUGGAGAGAUUGGGUUUGUGAGUGAGCCUGGCAUGGGAAGUACUUUUUCAUUUACGGCAGUUUUAAGAAAAGGAGAAACGAGUUCUUUGGAUACAAUGCAGCAGCAGUAUGAUCCUGCUGUUUUGGAGUUCCGGGGACUGAGGGCAUUGGUGGUUGAUGAUAAAAGCAUCCGAGCUGAGGUCACCAGAUAUCAUCUUCAGAGACUUGGAAUAACUGCAGAUGUGGCUUUCAGUCUGGAUUCCGCAUGUGCGUAUCUAUCUAGUGCCUCCAACUCAAGUGUACCAUCACAUAUAGCCAUGAUUCUUAUUGACAAAGAUGUUUGGGGGAUGGAUGCGAGUCUUCCAUUCCAUCGUCUAAUUGAAGAGCUCAGAUCAAAUGGCAGAAAGGAAGUACCAGAAAGAUUGCCAAAGAUAUUUCUAUUAACAACCUCCAUAAGCAAUACCGAGCGCAAUGAACUCAAAUUAGCAGGUUUAGUAGAUAAUGUGCUAAUGAAGCCUCUUCGAUUAAAUAUGCUAAUUUUCUGCUUUAAAGAAGUGCUUGGAAUUGGGAAGAAGAGGCAACGAAAUAGAGGAAAACCCUUGACUGGAAACCUUCUUAGAAACAAGCGAAUCUUGGUGGUGGAUGACAAUGUUAUUAAUAGAAAAGUGGCUGAAGGUGUUCUAAAGAUGUAUGAAGCAAUUGUUACCUGUGUAGAUAGUGGAAAGGCUGCUUUAGAAAAGCUUAAGCCACCCCACAACUUCGAUGCUUGCUUCAUGGAUCUCCAAAUGCCGGAAAUGGAUGGUUUUGAAGCAACACGGAAAAUACGUAGUCUUGAGCGUGAGGUUAAUGAAAGAAUUGAAUCUGGUGAAGCAACUAUCGAGAUGUUUGCAAAUGUGGCCCAUUGGCACACGCCAAUAUUAGCAAUGACAGCCGAUGUGAUUCAAGCUACUAAUGAGGAGUGCAUGAAGUGUGGUAUGGAUGAUUAUGUGUCCAAGCCAUUUGCAGAAGAACAACUGUAUUCAGCAGUGGCACGAUUCUUUGAGUCUGGUUGAUUUGAGUGGGAAGGUGACUAAUAUGGAAGCAGUUGUUCAUUGGAAGUGUUUAAUCUGAGUUAUUUUGGAUUAAAUCCUAAAGCAAUUGGUCUAUCUAUUGACAUCCUCCACCACUAUGAGGUGUUAUGAUAGACCCUUCCAUCUGCAUUCUUUUUGCCCUUCCUUAUAUGGAGUGGUAGGUUAUGAUCAUAACUGGUUCAUGAUGCAUAGAUGAGGCUGGGAAAGAAAUUGACGACUUUUGCCUAAUUUGUCAUCGUUCUUCACCACACGAUCACUUGCCGGGUACAAAAUAAGAGAGAUGGGGAAAGUUUGUAUAUAACCGGUUCCGUUUGAUGCGUCUCUGUGCUCUAUAUUCUUGUACCUUGUUUUCUCCAUUCUUCCUUGAAGCAAGUUUAAGCAUAAAAAGUAAGUAAUGAAAUGAAAGAUUCGUCUUUCGUCUUCUAGAGAUUUUGUGGAAGGAUCAAUGCCACUGUCACUGCGACUCUGAGAGGGUGAUAGAUAAAAUUUUCAUUUAUUGAGAUUCAAAUAUGGUUAUUUAUUCACCCAAAAAAAAAAAAAUGGUAUUUUUGGACAUUAUAUUGCUUUAUGUUCAUAUUAACCUAAAGAAAAGAAGUGAAGAUUAUGUACAGGAGGCCCUCUUUCGAUAAGAUUUGGUUAGCAUUGUAAAAAUGCCUUUAAGAUGUGAAAUCUGUGUAGGAUAUUUUGUAUUCAACCUGGUUUUGGCUAUUGUGCUGUCUAAUGACCUUGUGUUAGUAUCUCACUUUUCUUGUAAUUCCUUGUUUGCUGAAAAUCUUUAUGGGAUUCAUUGUAAAAAGAAUUGUAACAUAUAUAAACACAUAUAUUUGGUGUUAUAUGCAAAUGGUAAUAUUAUAUAAGUUUAUGUGCAAA